AUGAGCAACUACACGCAAACCGUUGUGGAGCCUGCCAGCCACUUCGUCACCUACUGGACCAUUCUAUGGUAUCCAUUCACAAUGAUGUCUCAGAUGUACGAGCGAUAUUUUCACACCCCAAUGGUGGCCGUAGUGGAUACUGUUAUCUACUGUGGAAUGAGCUGCUUUAUCCUAGUACUUGCGUUGACAGAAGGAGCCAUAGGGUUUCUCAACAAAGCCCAUGACAAUGUCAGACUCAUACGAAAGUUUUUCCAGCUUCAGAUGUACAAGAAUAUCAAUUGA